GCCGGGCGACACGUGGCAGCAGCACGCAGGGGCCCCCGGGUGCCUCUCUCUGCAGGCGGGCGCGAUGGCGCCGGCGGCCGCAGCCGGGGCUGCGCGGCGGCCUGUGUGGCAGGUGGCGCUCGCGCUGCUCGGGGGCAGGGCGGCCGCGGGCCCGACGAAGGAGGUCAUCGCGAACGUCCAGUGCGAGGUCUGCAAGCUGGCCAUGGGGGAGGCGAUGGAGUACGCCGAGGAGAAGGGCAUCAAGGACGAAGACGGCCUCGCCGACCUUAUCGACGGCCUCUGCUCCGUGAAGAAGGAGCAGGGGAAGUGGGUGUCGCAGAUCGACAUCAAGAAACAGGGAGACGGCCUCACACUUCAAAGGCAGGAGCUCGUGGGCCACUGCAAGUCGGAGUGUCUGAGCGUGCAGCGAGCGUGUACGGCAUCGCUGAAGGACAAGGAGGAGGAUAUCAUCGAAGUAAUGAAGACAUCGUUGAAGGAAGAUAAGGGUGCAGACGAUCUGAAGGCGCAUAUCUGCAAGAAGCCUUGCGGCAAGAAACCUCCUAAGCUGAAGAACUUCGUGGACGAGCCGUUCAAACCUCGGGAUCCUAAGGAGGUAGAGGCAGAGGAACGAGUGAAGAAGAUGGAGGCCGAGACCGGGCAGAAAUUCAAGAUGUGGAGCCGAGACGAGAUCGCAAGUAUGUCUGAGGCGGACAUCCAGCUAGAGGCUGCCAAGGACGCCCUUGGCGCAGCCAGGCGGGAGGAGAAGCUGAAGAAGCAGAUGGAGGCAGGAGAGUUGUGA